CUUCGUUUUGGAUGCACGUGUGUAGAUUACGUACUGAAAAUGCAGAGUCUGUGCUAUACGUUUUCGGUUAUGUAGGUAUGAAUUUUGUUUUAUUUCUAGUAACUUGUAUCAGUUAAGUCCAAACGUUGAUUAAACACGAAGGGGUACAGUCUUCUGUCCGACGGAAAAAAACUACAUUCUCACUAGUAAGUUUUGGAUUAACGGAUAACUAGUCUGGAUUUUUUUGAUUAGCAGCAACUUCAAGGGUAUAAUUUGGUUCAUCAAAUGAUAAGUCGGGGUAAUUGGAAUGGGAAAAACUGCGAGCUAGGCUUUCUUGUAGUCCUUGUAAGACCUGGAGACUGGACAAAGGUUAACUUAAGUCACUUAUUUACAGAUGGAAUGAGUGUGCUUCUUACCACCCCUGAAUUUAUGAAAAUGGUCACUUAUUGGUAAAAAGUAAUAAAGAAGCUAGUGUAUGACCAAUCUGCUUCUGAGACAUACCUGUGGAAAAAGGAUGAUAUAGUUCCUUCAUUAUAACGCAUUUGUUAGGAUUUUAGGACUUGAGAUCCUUUAGUGUGGUAUUACCACCAUCGAAAAUCGCAGCGCGAUUAGUUUACUGCACAAUAUGGCAGAUUCUGCUGUGACCAUAAAUGAAAAAAUAGAAUUGACGGAAGAAUUAAUGGCAAACGGAAAUGAAAAGGAGCUUGAAGAACCACCCAAGCAUGAACUCGUCUCUAAGACAGAGCUGAAUACUGACCUGCAAGCACCUGAGGCCUGGAAAUGGUCAGUCAUGUUCCUCUGUUUUUAUGGCUUCAUUGUUCAACUGAAGCCAGGCGAGUCUUUCAUCACGCCUUAUCUGCUUAGCACAGAGAAAAACUUCACCGAAGAGCAGGUCACAAAUGAGAUUAUUCCAGUGCUCUCGUAUUCGUAUAUGGCUGUACUGGUACCUGUGUUUCUUCUGACUGACUACCUGCGGUAUAAGCCUGUCUUAGUCUUGCAAAGCAUGAGCCAUGUCUCCAUUUGGCUUCUACUACUGCUUGGCACCUCCUUGUUGGAAAUGCAGUUCAUGGAGUUCUUUUAUGGCAUAACAAUGGCAGCACGUGUGGCCUACUCCUCUUACAUUUUUUCUCUUGUGCCUGUGGCUCUGUAUCAGCGUGUAGCCAGUUACUCACGCUCCUCUGUGCUGCUGGGCAUUUUUACCAGCUCAGUGACAGGCCAGCUGUGUACGUCACUGGCUGACAUCACAUACAACACACUCUGUGCCAUCUCACUGGGUUUUGUCUCUUUUGGCCUGUUGCUCUCCACCUGCUUGCCGUGGCCGAAACGAAGUCUGUUUUUUAACCAGAACCACAGGCAUGAGAAGAGAACUGCUGCUCUGUCGGAACUGGACAAAAUUAAUCCAGAUGAAGUGAUUACACAAGGUGAAAAAGCCUCAGCAGGUGGCUGUAGCUGUUCGAUAACCUCCAUCACAAACUCCAUUUUCAUUCAGAUGUUGAAAGAAAUGCGCAAUGUUGUGAAAGUCCCCAGCCUAAGACUAUGGAGCCUGUGGUGGGUGUUCAACUCCACUGGCUAUUACCUGGUGGUGUUCUACGUGCACAUACUAUGGAACAAGUUGGCUCCAACCCCGGAGCAUGUCUAUAAUGGAGGAGUCGAAGCUGCCUCAACUUUGCUUGGUGCAAUCACAUCGUUUGUGGCAGGAUUUUUGAAGAUCAGGUGGAAGGUCUGGUCAGAGCUAGUGAUUGGUGUGAUCACUGCAGUCCAAGCUGGUUUACUGCUUCUCAUGUGUGCCACCACCAACAUCUGGGUGUGUUACACAACCUACAUCCUCUUCAGAGGUUUCUAUCAAUUCCUGGUUCCUAUUGCUACUUUUCAGAUUGCCUCUUCUCUGACUAAGGAGCUGUGUGCUCUAGUCUUUGGGAUAAACACAUUCCUGGGAACGAUCUUGACAACUAUUAUUACUCUCAUUGUGAUCGAUAAGAGAGGCCUGGCUCUGCCAGUACACUCCCAGCUUUUUCUGUUCUUUUACUUCACCCUGCUGACUGUGGUUUAUUUGAGCUGUGCUGCAUGGGUUAUCAUGCGUCAUUACCGCAAUCAGAGGCAAGAGCAGGUUCCCACAGCAGCAACUACACCAAUUGACCUUAGCCCUGUGGAAAAAGAUCCUUCUGAGAAGAAACCCGUCUCCACUGGGUCAAAUGUCAGGACCUGAAAAUUAAGUGGAUUCUAUAGUGCUCAUGGUGAGGUUCUCACUUGUGAUUUUUUUUCUUUGUGUGUCUUGUGAGGAGAUUUCUAUGAAUAACUGUGCAUUCUUAAACACGUAACAGAAAUGCACUUGAAGUAUUACAAGAAGGACCUUGCCAUGUCUGUGCUGGAGUUAAUGACUAAUAUCUGUACAUGAAAUUGCAAAAAAUAAAAUGCAUAAUUUCACAUUACCAAAAGGCUGAGAUUCAAGGUUUUUUUUUAUUUUUUAUCAUGUAACUUUUAAAAAAUAUAUAGAGACCUAAUUGCAGAUAACAUCACUUAAUGGGUGGAAAUGAAUAUGUAAAAAACUUGUGUGCAUCUAUUCAUUAAGCCUUGGUAGUGCUGCAUUGUUUUAAAAAAAAAAUUUAAUUUAUAUUGAUUAGUAUGAAACUUAGCUGUCACAAGCAAGAAGUAAAAAAUUAGCUUAAAUUGUAAAGCAACUAUUUUGAAGGAUGUCUAUUUAAAAAAAAAAAGUUUGUCUCUACAGACAGACUUGUUUUCUUGCCAGAUUUGUGUUCUCCCUGUUUUGUCUCAGCAUUUUAAUUAAACUUCAAAUCCUCUUUUAAUUUUGUAUCUACAUCCACUUAUUUUAAUUUGCUAGUUAAUAAUUUGCUUUGUGAGCUUAUUUUGAAAGUGGGACCAUCUAUCAGUGUGAUGCAGAGACCUAUUGUAUCUGUUACAUAAGUGACUUGUUUGAACUUGGUUGAUAAUGAAGUGCAUCAUUUGAUCAUUACUCAGACUUAAUUGUAUGUUUAGGGUGAGAUAGGAACAAGAGCUGGCAAACUCGGUUACUUUAAGCUAAACAUAUAAUAAAGUUAUAUAGUGCCUUUCUCCCACCCAAGGUUGCUUUAUAAUUACCAAAAAAAAAAAGUGUCCACCAAAAGAGUUCAGGAUGUAAUUCCAGUGGUGUAGCUUCCCACAAGGCACACAAGGGUAAAUCCCACACCGCCUACACAGCCACUGCGAUGUCACCAGGCAACAGUGCUCAGAACACCGUGCCGUGGAUCCAGAAAGUGAGCACAGGGCAACCCCCAUGUUAAAGAGAACAACGAGCUCACUGCAGUCUGUAGUGAGCAGAAUAUACAUCACUCAUGGCGGACCAAGGCCUGAGGAAACCAAUGCCCAAAACUGGGGCUGGAGCUUCACCACAAUCAAAACAUUCAAACAAAAAAAAUGCAUCAAACCAUACAAGCACAAAGGGGAGGGGGGGGAGAGAAUUUUAGUUGAGAGUAUUAUGUUAAAGUAUUUUUAAUUUACACACAAUUGUAUGUGGGAUGUUCUUGAAAUGCUUGUGUGGUUGUACAAGACCAUUUUACCCUGUAAUUGGAGGCAAUUUGAUGCCCUAUAGAAAUCUGCAAGAUAUAAUUUCUUCUUGAUUAAAAAAAAAAUAUUGUAGCUAUGUUGUCUGACUUAAGCAGUGAAGUGCACUGAUCAGUGGUUAGGUUUUUAAUGCAUGUGAAGGUACAGUAUUUCUGAGCUAGUGAGACUGUAAAUUAAGUCAGUUUAUGUAACCUGUCUUGUAGCUAUACUUAACCAUUUUGUCAUCUAUAUACAAGAUGUUUGUAUACUUUUAAAUUAUUGAUUAGAGAAACGGUCUGAUAGUUUGUUAGCCUCCCUCUACUUCCUCCAUCUCGGUGAACAGAGACCACCAUGAAGCCACACCCCAUUCUGCAUUGAUACUGACAGGGUAGUCUGUGUAAAAGUGCAUCAGUAUUGCCGGGUUUUAAACACACACUGUCCUGCAAAAUAUUCAGGAAACAGGUGCUGGGGUCUGGAAAGCAAAAUGGCUCAUUCUUUUUAUA